CUCUUUUCUCCUUUGACCAAACUGUCGGAUUUUCUCCUUAUACCCAGGCACCUCACUACACAUCAACUCGUCUUCUCUACAAACACAUCAGAACCUCGAGCGCCAUGGCCGAAGCCGACGCUGCCGGCAACGAUGUCGCCAAUAGAGUGAUGCGCCGGCUAGAAGUGUCCAAGAUGACCAGAGCAUUGCAAGAUAGAUUGGCACUGGCCAAUGUCAAGAUCAAGCAUGGCUGGGAGAACCUUAGCAUCGAUACCAUCGAGCCGCACAUCGACCAACAACUCAAACGUAAACGACCUGCCUCGAGCAUCAACGACAGCUACUCGGACACUUCAUCCAGCGUCUCCAGCCGAUUUCACUCGGUCGGCGGCAUGGCCUCAUCGCCCUUGACUGCCCCUAUCUUCUCGGACGACAUGCCUCGGCUCGGAAGCUCUCAUAGCAGUCUCCAGGGGAGCACCCACAGCAGCAAACGUCCGAGGUUCGCCGAUGUCCACCAAUACCCUGCAUCCAGCAGUCAGACUGGUCGCAAGACUCGAAGCGCCCUAGCCGUCCAGUCAUGGAAGAGAUCACACAGGCUCCCCGAGUCAUCCCCCGCCUACCACAACCGAACUGCCAUAUUCCCUUCGACCCUCCACGUCCCAAAGCUGUCUUUUAUCUCCGAAGGCUCUAGCCUCAUUGACGAUGCUCCUUCCCCCGAACUGUCCGAGGAUGACGAUACCGACCUUCCCGUGCACUCGUUCAAUGUCGGUAGCGACCUCUAUAACAUCCACUCAUCACCGCCCAAGACGCCACCCCCUCAACAUCGUUUCUCACGCACUCCCAAGGACGGCGAUGAAGCUCAUAGUCUUAUUCUCUUGUACGGCUCUCCCACUCCUGCAAACGGUGUCAACAGUGCUAGGGUCCUCGCGCCAUCCACACCUCCAUCCAAGACAACGCCCUUGCCAUCCUCGAUGAUGCAAACUCCAGGCGGGAGCAACGGUCUCUUUGGAUUUGCACUGAACACCCCUUCGAACAACUUCAACUUCGCCGACUUCUGCAACGUUACGCCGAGUCCUGCUCAAGCCAAGUGGUCUGCCAGCAAAAGUCCUUUGUCGGCACGCGAGUCGCACCGAAAACUCAAUUUCGACGGCCUUUUGCAACCAGGUUCCAGCCCUGAGGUGACGAAGCAAUCGACUGCCCGCGAGAACGGCGGCACCCUAGAGCUUGGAGCCCUUCUCCAAUAAGCUUACUCUCAUCUUACAUUCCUUUCACGACGACACGAUUUCUAGACAGAUGUUUGGAUUUCACGACCUACAACUGGGACAUACCCAACCUCGAUACCCGCAUGUUUUCUCUUCAUUCCUUUUCUUCUCUUUUGUCUCAGUCUCAAGGGGGUGGAAGGGCGCCUCGAUGGCGCCGGUCAAGGGGUUUCAAAUGGGCGUUUAAAUGGCGUUUGACGCGCUCGUGUGCAUUUCGCGUAUUUUAAGUUUUUCACAUCCGAAGGGAACGGUAGGCCAAAACUGUUCAAUGAUUCGGCGAGGGAUUGUUUAAGGGGCCACUACAUAGCUAGCAUAAUAUCACGCCUUGAAGCACAGUUUUAUACCGUUC